UUGUAUCCGUGAGUGGGCGAGAUCAUGAUCAGGAGUGAGGAAGGCAAAGAGAAGCGGAGGGGGUAGGGAAGAGAAGGCAAGUGUGCAGCUCUGAGGCGUUCCAUCAUCCUCCGAACUCCUGCAGCUCCCCUCUUACCUCCUGCUCCUCCUCCUCCUCCUCCUGUUGGAGAGAGAAAGAGAGAGAGCAACAGAGAGAGGGAGCAACAGAGAGAAAGUGAGAGAGUCACGCUUACAAGCCAGCAGAGAAGAGACGUCAAGAGGAGGAUCUACAAAGGGGGGGGGGAAUCCUUCUCUCUCUUCUGCUGCCUCUCUUCGCGCAUCCUACGGGCAGCGAGGAGCGACGAGGAGCGAGGAGGAUCCGGCUGGCACAUUUUCUACGCCGCUUCCCCGCGAUUUCCGUGGCUGCAUCACAGUGCGUGGAGCGCAGGGAAGAGCCAGAGAGCGCUCGAUCGCUGGCAUCGCUCCGCAGCGGAAGAAGAGCCCCGUAGAGGAGCCGGGAUGCUUAACAACCUGACUGACACAGAGGAGGGGGACGGGGGAGCGCAGAGCCAGGGCGACAGUAACCCCAAGGAGAGCAGCCCUUUCAUCAACAGCAGUGAUGCAGCUGCAGAGAAGAGCCAGCAGUACGACGGCAAGAACAUGGCCUUGUUUGAGGAGGAGAUGGACACCAGUCCCAUGGUGUCGUCUCUGCUCAGCAGCCUGGCCAACUACUCCAACCUCCCCCAAGGCAGCAAGGAGCACGAGGAGGCGGAGAACAACGAGGCCGAGCCGUCGCGCAAGAAACCCGUCAAGGCGCCGCAGCUCGGCACGCUCAUGGGCGUGUAUCUGCCGUGCAUCCAGAACAUCUUCGGCGUGAUCCUCUUCCUCAGGAUGACCUGGCUGGUGGGAAUCGGAGGCGUCAUCGGGACCUUCAUCAUCGUCUUCAUGUGCUGUGCCACAACCAUGCUGACUGCCAUCUCCAUGAGUGCCAUCGCUACCAAUGGAGUAGUGCCAGCUGGAGGCUCCUACUACAUGAUCUCCCGUUCGCUGGGCCCGGAGUUCGGAGGAGCGGUGGGAAUCUGCUUCUAUUUGGGGACCACGUUCGCUGGGGCCAUGUACAUCCUGGGGGCCAUAGAGCUCCUCCUGAUCUACAUCGUGCCCAAAGCAGCCAUCUUCCCCCUUGAGGGCCUGGAAGGCGCCGAAGCGGAGGCGGCGCUGCUCAACAACAUGCGCGUGUACGGGACCAUCCUGUUGACGUCCAUGGCCACCGUUGUGUUUGUGGGCGUCAAGUAUGUCAACAAGUUGGCCCUGGUGUUCCUGGCCUGCGUCAUCCUGUCCAUCCUGGCCGUCUACGCCGGGGUCAUCAAGACGGCCAUCGAGCCUCCCGACUUCCCUGUGUGCAUCUUGGGAAACCGCACCCUGGUGUGGAAGAGUUUUGACGUGUGUGCCAAGACCAUCGAGACGGCUAACGGGACGGUCACCACCAAGCUGUGGCGCAUGUUCUGUGAUUCGUCCUUGCUCAACGCGACCUGUGACCAGUACUUCGUGGCCAACAACGUGAGCCAGGUGCAGGGCAUUCCAGGGAUCACCAGUGGGAUCCUGGCAGAGAAUCUGUUUGGGAACUACUACGAGAAGGGGGACCUGAUUGCCAGGAGGAACAUGGAGUCGGCGGAGAACCAGGACGACCCCUUGACCAACGCAAACCGCUACGUGUUGGCUGACAUCACCAGCUUCUUCACGCUGCUGGUUGGCAUCUACUUCCCAUCUGUGACAGGGAUCAUGGCCGGUUCCAACCGCUCUGGAGACCUGCGUGAUGCCCAGAAGUCCAUUCCUAUUGGAACCAUCGCAGCUAUUACCACCACCUCCACUGUCUACAUGUCCAGCGUGUUCUUGUUUGGCGCCUGCAUCGAAGGCGUGGUCCUCAGAGACAAGUUUGGGGAGGGAGUGCAUGGGAACCUGGUGAUCGGCACGUUAGCUUGGCCGUCGCCCUGGGUGAUCGUGAUCGGCUCCUUCUUCUCCACCUGCGGAGCGGGGCUGCAGAGUCUGACAGGAGCUCCUCGCCUCCUGCAGGCCAUCGCCAAGGACGGCAUUGUGCCCGCCCUCCGGAUCUUUGGCCACGGGAAGGCUAACGGAGAACCCACAUGGUCCCUGCUGCUGACAGCUUGUAUCUGUGAGAGCGGCAUCCUCAUCGCCUCCCUGGACUCGGUGGCUCCCAUCCUCUCCAUGUUUUUCCUGAUGUGCUACAUGUUCGUGAACCUGGCCUGCGCCCUGCAGACGCUGCUGAGAACUCCAAACUGGAGGCCUCGUUUCAAGUUCUACCACUGGGCUCUGUCCUUCCUGGGGAUGAGCUUGUGUCUUACUCUCAUGUUCCUCUGCUCCUGGUACUACGCCAUCGUCGCCAUGGUAAUUGCCGGCUCCAUCUACAAGUAUAUCGAGUUCGCUGGAGCGGAGAAGGAGUGGGGCGAUGGGAUACGAGGCCUGUCUCUGAGCGCCGCGCGCUACGCUCUGAUGCGGCUGGAGGAAGGCCCCCCCCACACCAAGAACUGGAGGCCACAGCUGCUGGUGCUGGUCAGCACAGAUGCCGAGCAGAACGUGGAGCAGCCUCGUCUGCUUUCCCUGACCAACCAGAUGAAGGCGGGCAAAGGUCUGACCAUCGUUGGGACGGCUCUGCAGGGAACCUACCUGGAGAACUACGAGCAGACCCAGCGCGCCGAGCAGGCCCUACGUAAGCUGAUGGAGACUGAGAAGGUGAAAGGCUUCUGUCAGGUGACGGUGUCGUCGAACCUGCGCGAUGCCACGUCCCACCUGCUGCAGGCCAGCGGCCUGGGAGGCCUGAAGCACAACGCCGUGCUCGUCUCCUGGCCUCGCAACUGGAAACAGGGAGACGAUCACCAGACCUGGAGGAACUUUGUUGAGCUGGUCAGAGAAACCACCGCUGCCAAACUGGCUCUGCUCGUCCCGAAGAACAUCUCCGCAUUCCCGUCCAAUGGGGAGCGCUUCACCGAGGGCCACAUCGACGUGUGGUGGAUCGUCCACGACGGAGGCAUGCUCAUGCUGCUGCCCUUCCUGCUCCGCCAGCACAAGGUUUGGAGGAAGUGCAAGAUGCGCAUCUUCACUGUGGCCCAGUUGGACGACAACAGCAUCCAGAUGAAGAAGGACCUGACCACAUUCCUCUAUCACCUCCGUAUCGACGCCAUGGUGGAAGUUGUUGAAAUGCAUGACAGCGACAUCUCAGCCUACACUUAUGAGAAGACCCUGGUGAUGGAACAGCGGUCGCAGAUGCUGAAGCAGAUCAACCUGUCUAAGAAUGAACGGGAAAGAGAGAUCCAAAGCAUCACCGAUUCAUCCCGAGGGUCUAUCAGGCGUAAGAACCCGGCGGCCGUGACCACCCAGCUGAGCGUGACCGAGGACCCGCCGGCCGCCAGCAAAGAGGAGAAGCCCGAGGAGGAGUCAAAGUCGGCUUCUCCCCCUGUUUCCCCGCCUGCUCAGGUGCAGCUCAUCCACGACAACACCACCCCGGCCAGCCCCGCGACCCCGGCCGCCCCGCUGACCCCCGCCGAGGCGGCUCAGAGCCCCGGGGAGCAGGUCCAGAUGACCUGGACCGAGAAGUGUGACGGGGAGCCGGCCAAGCCGCCCGGCGCAGCGACACCAGAGGGCAUCAAAGACAUCUUCAACAUGAAGCCCGAGUGGGAGAACCUGAACCAGUCCAACGUGCGACGCAUGCACACAGCGCUGCGGCUGAACGAAGUCAUCGUCAAGAAGUCCUCGGAGGCCAAGCUCGUCCUCCUCAACAUGCCCGGACCUCCCAGGAACCGGAAGGGUGACGAGAACUACAUGGAGUUCCUCGAGGUCCUCACUGAGGGUCUCAACAGGGUCCUCCUGGUCCGCGGAGGCGGCCGCGAGGUCAUCACCAUCUACUCCUGAAAGAGCAGCCCUCCACCCACUACCACACCUCCACCCGUCCCCCGGCCCCCCUUCCUGUGUCACCUGUGCCCCCACCCUGCCAUUAACGCUGCUUCGCCAUCACCGCGUUGCUCUCUGCCGUUUCUUUCUGUAAAAUAGUCCUCUCACACCCAAACGAUGAACCAGCUCAGCUUCAGCACCUCUCUCUCUCUCGGCUCAGUCCCCCGCAGAUCGACGAGCAGCAUCACGUGCUCAGCUACUAAACCCUCAUUUAAAUCUAUUACGCUACUAUAACUACCGUAGGCUCUAGACUAACUCACAUGCUACGUAAACCUGUUGCUAUGAUCUACUUCAGUAACUCGCACUGAGGCGGAGUAAGUCGGGGGGGAGGAGGUGGUGGCGGCGGCUUGUUAGCCGAGGUGUGAGCACAUGCAUGUAUGUGUCCGUCUUUAUUUUAACGUCUGCACGCUUUUCUUUUCCCGUGUGGUGGCAGACAAGCGGUGGAAACGAGUGUAGGUUUGUCUGUCUAGUUCCCUCGUGGCGACCAGACGCCUCCCACGGUGUCCCAGCCUCUUGUCUUUGAUGUGUUUAGCUUUCAAGGCGGAAGGCUUCGCUAUCCAUCCACGAUCCGGACCACCAGCUGGAACACGGACAAGACUGUAGUUAAGUACGAACUGUGAAAUUCACACCGACAUGAGAGGACGACUGACACGUAGAUGGGACCUGCAGUGUGACCUUUGACCUGACCGCUCUCGUGCAUGACAUCCUUAUAACUGUGUUUUCCUCCACGUACUCUGUUACCGCCAUCACUGUCUCUCUGCCCGCCCUCCUUCAGCUCAUCUCUUAGUGGCUGUUUAUCCCUGUAGCCACUCUUAGUGCCAAAAAAUACAACAAGGCUAGCUUAGUUUGUAGAGAUUGACACGUAAUUAAACUGUGAAUCGUGCGUUUCCUAGCGGAAGGCUGGCGUGACAGCAAAGUGAGGAGACAGUACAAACAACCUGAGGAGAUUAUCAUCGCCAGCACCCUCGACCCUCGUGUGGAUCACUGUAAAUAAUGUACAAGCUCGGACGCGUUGUUCAGUAUGAGUGUAGUAUUUUUGUGACACACUAAAAAGCUAGUGGAGAGAAAACAUUCCUUCGCUCAGAGGGACAGCUCACAAUGCUGUUUUUAAAAUGUAUUUAUUUAUUUAUUGCAUUUAUUUAUUCGAUGGCAUAGGCUCCUGUCACUAUGGUAACCGUCAUUGUAACCUCAACAAGCACUGCACCUGCACUGUCCGCCACUGUGCAACAAGUGACAUUUUAAUGAAUUCAUCCAGUUCAUUGAAAUAUAUACUACUACUAAAUGUUAUUUUUUCAUCUAAAGAACAAAUAUGUAUUUAUGUUUAUAGACAGAAGUUACUCAUAUUGAUGAAAUAGUUGUAUAUCACUCUGAUUGUCACGCAGAAUUAUUGUUUCGUUUUGCCAAAUUUACAUAGAUUGUGCCAUAUCAAAGUAUUUUUCAGAGACAUAGUUAACAAAAUUCAGUUCAUUAAAUCCGAGAGAGCAGAGCGGUAGGCGGUGUUUACCAGUAGGGCCACGAUAGGAAAGCAGCUGUAGAAGUAAGCAUGUAAGGUCGCACCAAGGUGAGUUUGAACAUCUGUCGACGGAUGGUUUAAAGGGUCUAGUCUGAAUAAUUAGAGGACAAUGGCUUCUGUAGCUAGGAAACCCGCUUUAUACUCGAGACUGAACUCUAUGCAGUAGACUCUCCAGUGAGAUUUUAUAUCCUCUAGAUUGGUUAAGAUUUGAGCCACAUACGUCCCUGACUGAAUGACGUGUCAGCCAAUCACAUUUAGGUUUUAAAAAAAAGUGCAUCUUGGGAGGAAUGUGCAAUAGCUGAAAUCCGGACUCAUGUGAUCAUGUUAUUUAUUUUUUUACACAUAUAUUUUGUAUAUGUAGAUUUCGUAAGUCUUAUAAAGUUCAGAAUCAUCUCAUUCUGACCAAGAACAGCUGUCACUUUACUUUGAUUAUAUCAGUCUCUUUUCUUAAAGAAACUGUUUUUGGUCAUUUGCACUUGUAGUAGAUAUAUGAAUAUAAAUAAAUACAUAUAUAUACAGUAUAUACAAUAUAAGGAAGCAAAACAAAUUAGUUUCUAGAACUAUUUAAAAACAGUAUUAAAUGUUUUUAGUGUUGCUUGAAUGUCAGACACUAUGUUGUGAAUGCUGCUAGUAUUAAUAGACUUAUUUGUACUGUAAAUAAAGAUGAUUAAAGCAACAGUAAAGAUCAAGUGAAAAAGGGUAUAGAAAUACAUAUCAGCGGUGGCGGUUGUCUCACGGGACGAGGCUAUACCUGUGAACAUUUGGCCUGUUUUCUCUGGACAGGGUCUGCGUUCUGUUUUGUUAGAAAACUAUACUGAAAAUACCUUGAUGCAAUAUUACAAAUGAGGGCAAAUUCUCCACAGUUUUAUUCUCUUUUUAAAAAGAAAUGCUCUCAUGAUUAUUAUCAUCUUUAAUCCCGUGAGUGAAGAGAACCAAUUUUAAGAUAUAAUCUAUUUAAUUUAGACUUUACUAAAAGAAAAUGCCAAAAUACAUUUAACAGAUGAAUUAUGAGUAUCUUUAGUUUAUUUCCUAAUGUUUGCAAAUUUGUAACACUUACCUUUGACACCUGCGAUACUUAGAAGCAGCCACUCCUAGUUUGCAAAGAUGUUAAGGUGCCAAAUCGUGAAGAUUUACUUUAAUACACUCGUCACUUAAUUACCACCAAGAGGUUGGUCAUUUAAUGCUCACAGCAGUGUUAGAAGUUUUUAGGAUUGUCUCCACAACAUUGCCUGCAUCAACUGAGCCUUUUCAAUUUAUUCAAAAGAAGAAAAAUAUGUUUAUCGGAGACAUUUAUUGGAGAUGAAUUUGUUUAUUGAAUUCUAAAUGUUUUAUAAUUGCUGUUUGCAUGGUACAUGUGGCAUUAUUUGUUUCAGUGGUUUAUAUAGUGAUGACUUACAGGUCCGAGGUGCAGACAGGAGAAAGCACUUGUUCUCAGUGAGUCACACGUUUUGAGAACAGAAUGGAACGAGUUUGUCGUGUAGUUGACGAGACCUUGAUAACAAGUCUUUUGCAAAAAAAAAAAUUCAAAGUAUGAGUUCACUAUAUUGUUAGUUGUUAUAUUUCAAUCUUGCUCAAGUAGUCUUACUUAAUGUUAUAGGAGACUUUGAGUUUGUGAAUGGAUGGGCCUUAGGAAUGGUCAUUUCACAUUUUGUAAAUAUUUAUCACUUACGUCAGAAAUACUAACCUAGUAUUGUCUUUUGUUGUACACUGUUCUAUCACUGUGGACAAAGUCUUAGAGUUUUGUAUGAUUAUGUGCAAUAUUGGUCUCACAUUAGUCAUUAUGUUAUGUUUCAUUUAUUUUGUAAAAAGAACUGGAGGUGUCAGCAGUCACUUAUUUCAUCAGAAUGUUUGUCACGUGGUCUUAUGGGCCAUGAGGAUCAUGGGUGCGUAUCCCAAAUGUGGCUGAGACAGCAAAGCACUUUACACUAGGGGGCGCUCGGUGACGGGAUCAGUCUGCGGGAGUGGGCGGGGGCUGAACAGCAGCCAGCAUGCUCUGUACAGACUCUGUCCCACAGUGAUCUCUGGUGGCGUGAGUGCAUUACAGCUGUGGUGGUCUGACAAUUCAGACAAUGAAAAAAACGUUUAAUUCUCAUUUCUGUUGCUGCAGUUGGAAACUGCUGUAAUCACGAGACCUACCUGCUGAUUUUAUCUAUAUAUCAUUUAAGCCUUUCAGCAUGCAUCACAUUUUUCUUCCUCUUGCCAAACUUAAAAAAAAAAAAAGAUGAACUAUUGAAUUUAUUAGUGCUUGUCACUCAAUCUGUGAGGUGACCCUUCCCAGAAUCCCCUUUUCACCCCCUAACCUCCCCCACCCAGCCACUAAUUCCACUCCAGCUCUGUAUUUUAAUUGUGAUCGCAGUAUAAUUCUGAAAAAUGAUCAAAGAAUAUAAACUUGCGCUUCCAAUUCUGGUAAAGACUCCGCUUGGAUGGCACAGAGAUAGUCAGCUUAGAAACCAGCAUGCCCCCACCCCCCCAACUGAUCCGUAAGAUAGAUCAGCUCCUUCACCUGCAAAACUGUAGCAUGAGACACACUUGCCGGUGAUCAUUACUCAGUCUCCAUCCUUAAAUGGAUAUUAAGGGCUCUGAAACACAUCUGUUACCGGGUUAAGGAGGCUGUCCUGUUAAAAUAGAAACCGAGAAAACAUGAAAACAGACCCCACAUAACGACAGAGAGGACAGUCUGUAGCUGAGACGAGAUCGGCCUAAGCGUCAGACACACUUGUCUGAUGCUGGAGGUGGAACAGCUACAUUUACAUUUCAGUCAAUCUCUCUGGGAGUCAAGAUGAUAAGACCUUAAGUGGCUAUCGGUGCAGUGCAAGCAGAGUCCUGUUCCAGUUAUGUUGUGUAACUCCGUGCAUGCAUGCAAUGACCCCUGAACAAGGUGUACUGAAAAUAUAUUGAGUGUUUGUGGUAUAAAAGUAUUUUGUUAAUAUCAGAAACUUUUCUUUCUAGUAGUAUGAUUUGUUUCUCUUACCUUAGGACUGGCCAAUCAUUGUAUCCAACAUUAUUAUAUUACAAGACUCUAUUUUUAUGGUACUUUUGUUGACAAGAUCCUUUCAUCGUGUCAAUUCCCACCCGCAGAUAAACUUAUUACCAAAGUAUAUUUUAGUUAACUACAUACAUGAUGGCGUGUGUGCUCCAGUGAAUUAGACAUGUUUAAUUGUGAACCCAGUAGCAAUUAUUAGUUUAUAAAACAGCUAUUUAUGAAAUAGCAGAAGUGCCAAAGUAUUAGACGACUGCAAUUCCUCAAUCUAAUGGAAACUGCACGUGACCUGUUACUUAUUUGAAGCUCAGCAUUUUGUUAUUUCUGCUUCCUGCGUCUAGAACAUGUAAAAAUAAUCACCAGCAUCUCCAAACAUGACAAAUUGAAGUUUUCUUAAUUAGAAACAUUUUACCUUCCCUUGAUGGCCUUUAAAAAUAAGUAUUUGACUUAAUAUUUUAAUAAGGUGAAUUGCCCUAUGAAAGGACUUAAUCCAGUUUGUUUUCAGUUCACUGGAGCUGUGGGAACAUUUUAUACGAAUGCUUGAGAAGUUUAUUGAAUAGACACAAAACAAACAUCUGUAUUAUUUCACUUUGAAAAUGUUUUCCCCUUCAUUCCCAACCGUUCAUUCCUCUUCCUUGACGCUGUACCUACCGAGUCUAAUGGUAACGCUGUAGUGUUCCUUUCAGUUCUGUAGGAGUGUAUGUGUGUACAUGUGCACUUGUAACUGCUGGGGGUGGUUGUGGGUGAGGGUGGGAGGGGGCUACAUGUAAAUAAAUCAAGUACAGUUAGUGUGGAGGUGUUUAUUUUUUGUGUCAGUGUAAGUUAAGUAUUCUAAAAUAAAAAUAUUCUCUAUUGUGUUUCAUGGUACAUUAAAAAGAGGAAAAAGUAGUUUUAUCUUACAUUUCAAACGCUUAACUCUCUAUGGCUUCUGACGAUACCCGUUCCAUUUUAUAGAUUUGUCAGCACAAAAUGCAAUAAACCAAUACCAUUUUAUUACA